AUGCAUCAGAACAACACUCCUCAAUCAGCGUCUAUCACGUUGGCGAGCGAUCGAGAGACACCUCCAGACCUUAGAUUGCUACAUUACAAUGACGUAUACCAUAUCGAAUCCGGAUCUGCGGAGCCAGCGGGUGGAAUAUCUCGCUUUCAGACUGUCGUCAAUGAAUACAGAUCCAGUCCUCGAUUUGAGGGGCAGGCUUCCCUCAUCACCUUCUUCUCCGGCGACGCCUUCAACCCCAGUCUCGAAAGCUCGGUAACCAAGGGAAAGCAUAUGGUACCUAUCCUGAAUGCAAUCGGCACGGAUGUCGCCUGUGUGGGAAACCAUGAUCUCGAUUUCGGCAUCACACAGUUUCGCCACCUGAGAAGUCUUUGCAGAUUCCCGUGGCUGCUUGCCAACGUCCUUGAUCCUGCCCUUGGGGAGGAGGUUGCUCUUGCAGAUUGCGAGAAAACAAAGAUAUUGACAUCAAGUACUGGCAUAAAAAUAGGAGUUAUCGGUCUGGCUGAGCGAGAAUGGCUCGAUACCGUCAACUCACUCCCUCCUGAUCUCGUGUACAAAUCGGCUUCCACCACAGCCCAAGAACUUGUCCCCGGCUUGCGGAAGGAAGGAUGCGAAUUGAUCGUCGCUGUGACCCAUAUGCGGGAACCCAAUGACGUGAAGCUGGCGGAAAAGACCCCUCCGGGCCUUAUCGAUCUCAUCCUUGGUGGCCAUGACCAUUUCUAUUCCUGCCAGAGGGUCAAUUCAACCUACAUCCUACGUUCCGGAACCGACUUCAAGCAGCUCAGCUAUAUUGAGGGGUGGAAGAAAGACGGGGGCGGCUGGGAUUUUGCGAUUACACGUCGAGAUAUUAUUCGCUCUACACCUGAAGAUCCCCCUACUGUGGAGUUGGUAAACAAGCUCACCUACUCCCUCACAACCAAGCUUGAGAAACCGAUCGGCUACACCGCGGCGCCACUCGACGGCCGUUUCACCACGGUACGCACGAGAGAAUCUAACCUGGGCAAUUUUGUGUGUGACCUCAUGCGUUAUUACUAUCGAACAGAAUGUGCCAUAAUGGCUGCAGGAACCAUUCGCGGAGAUCAGGUCUACUCUCCUGGCCUUCUUCGACUGAAAGAUAUCAUGAAUUGCUUUCCGUUUGAAGACCCGGUUGUUGUCCUCAAGGUCACUGGGAAAGCCCUCUCGGAGGCACUGGAGAAUUCGGUCAGCCUGGUGCCGGCGCUUGAGGGCAGGUUUCCGCAAGUCUCCAACAUCAUCUUCGAGUACGAUGCGAAGCUUUCGCCAGGCUCGAGAGUGCAGUGGGUCAAAGUUAAUGGCGAGAAGCUGGAUCAGGAAAGAGAAUACAUCCUUGCAACACGCGGCUACAUGGCACGGGGCAAAGACGGCUUUGAGUCGUUGCUCGCUCAAUCAGAAGGUGGCAAAGCAGAAGAGAUUGUGUCGGAAGAGAAUGGAGUGCUGAUAUCAACCAUCUUGAGACAAUAUUUUCUGUCAUUAAAGGUCGUCGGUACAUGGAGCAAGAAGAACCCGCAUCUCAGCAGACACUGGGGAGGCGUGCAGAAGGGCCUGCAGGAGCAUGGCACAAUCAUAGAGGCAAAGUCGACUGAGAAAUCCAAAAAUACAGUGACUAAAGAUCUGGAAAACACCGCUCCGGAAUACAGUCGCAACGGUAGUUUGAAGACCAGUAACGGGCCGAUUAGACACCAGGCACCGCUCCCUUCUCGGCCACAGACCAACUCUAAUUUUGGCAAUACCGAAAGAGUGCCCACUGACCCCAAAGCCGAGCAAGGCCUAGUCGAUCCCGACAUCGACGCUGACUCCGACUCCGACAUAGCAGACACAGACAACCUUUCGUCAACACCGUUCUCAGCACACCCCCUGCUUUCCAACACUGCACCCCCAACGUCCAUUCCAGCCUAUCUCAGCGAGGAAUCUGGGGAGCACUUGUUCCGUCUAGCCCGGCUGUACGCGAAGAGAUGGAUGAGGUUGGCUGGGGUGAAAGCGGAAAGUGUGGCGAUGGUGGAUGAGAGCACCGAGGACGCUUUGCCGUCAUGGACGAAGGGGAUCGCGCCCAAAUUGGAGGGGCGGAUUAGGAUCAUAGGCGGAGAAAGAUGA